AAAGGAUUUAAAGUAGUUGCAUUAUUAUCGAAAACGGCGCUGCCACAUUUUAAACCGUUCGCAAAUGUUAAUAGAAAUAAAAAUAUGUCUACAAGUAACAGGUGUCUGUCGGAAUAUACCCCCUAUUAUUUAAUUACGAACAGGGUAUAAUGUAAAUAAAUAAAAGUGCGGCACGCAUGUGGAAGACAGUUUAAAUAUAAUUGUGAAAUUGCACAGUGCAGACAGAUCAAAGACAGAGAACAUGACAACAUUUGGCAAUGACGUGGAUGCAAUUUGGCCAACAAUCGAUGGAGAAUUGCAGCCAAUUUCCGAAUUUGGUCGGAAGCUGCUGCAGCAAUGUGAAACCUUAAAGAAACCUGAUGCCGAGGCAACUGUUAAUGUGUCUGCUUUCAUGAAGAAAUCAACAAAGUUUCCACUUCAGUUUGGCGUGGAGAGCUGUCGUGUGCUGAGUCAACCGAAGUUGCGUCAUCAGUUAAUUGGCCAACAAAUAGCGUCUGUUUAUCCGCUAAUACAUGAACGCACUCUCGCACUUUAUCUGCAGUUUCUGGAGCACAAGGGCAAGUGGGGCAACGAAGUGGAGCUGCCCGUGUAUCGUCAACUGUCGCUGUGCGAUUUUGUGCAGCGUCUGUUGGCCAAGCGAUGUGCCAGCUUCUUUGAUCGGAACGACAAGUAUUUGCUGCUGACGGGGGAACGUGGUGCCAGCGGCUUUGAGCCCAUUGGCAGCAGCGAGGAGCAGGCGCCGCUGCAGCUGGAGCAUGUGCUCAGCUAUGAUGAGGUGAAGCUGUCGGCGCUGCUCUCGGUUAGCUCCCACACGGAGUUCAUUAAUGAGGGAGAGCGCACGAAUUGUGGACGCGUGACGCGCAAUCGCAAAAGUCUGGAGCAGGAUGGUGUCAUCAUUGGCCUGAUUGGUGCCCGCCUGUCGCGUCGCAAUCUCAUGGAGUUUCAGGACAUUGUCAUUGCACGCACACAGAACACCGAGGACAAUGGCUAUGGACAGGCUCUGGAUGAGCCGGCAAAUACACGUGCCGAGGAUUAUCGCAGACUUUGGCGCUGUUUCUAUGAGACGCGGGAUCAUUUGCAUGGCACUGUGAGCAUCGAUAACAAACGCUUUGGCGUCUCGGGCAACAAGCAGGAUGUCUUUGAUAAUCUGGUCAUGAAACGUCGAUAUGCCAUCAGCUUUGACAUGCUGCUGCUGGAGGCACAGGCUCGUGCUGUGAAAGCCGGCAAAUCUGCCUACAUUCAUGUCGUUGGCUUCGGUCUGGGUGUUUGGAGGGUUGCCCCGCAGCAGGAGCAAAUCUUUCUCGAGACCUUCGAGCAGCGUUUGCGUGUGCUCCACAAGCAACUGACGCACAUUGGCGUCAUCCACUUCUCCUGGUUCAAGCUUAAUCGUUGCGGUGGCCUCCACAAUGGCGCUGUCAUCGAGAGUUCGCAUCAUCCCCAGGGCGGCAUUCGGGUCCAUCUCUCGAAGCGCAAUCCUGCAGAGAAACUCUCCAAGCCGGAGCAUGACAAUAUGCUGCUCGUUGUCUCCUAUGCCUGGGAUGGCAACGCUUUGCCCGGCAAUGAGUUCUGGAUGAAAAUGCUAAAGUCCACUGGUGACUCCUCGACUGCUUGCUCUACGCUGAUCACCGAGCUCCACAAUCCGCACAUCAACAACGACUACUGCAAUGGCCGGAAUCUUCACGUGGUAUCGCUGAAGCACGGCGUCCUACACAUCUCGGAGUAUGCCAAGACUCUGCUGAAGAGCACCAAAUGAGUCCACGCUUAUAACAAAAUCCAUGUAAAUUUGCAUAUACAAUUUUAAUAUUUCCUUAAUUAUAUAAACAUAUAUAGCAGUAUUUCAUA